AUGGCUUUGGGCUCUCGGAAAUUAUCUCUCACCUUCGUCCAGGGCAUGGGAUCUCUCUUCUUCAUCCUUCAGAUCAUCUCUGUACGGGCUGAUGGGAAAGUGUUUGCACUUGAGUCGAAGAACAACUCUCAGGGUCUGGAUUUAGCUGAAGCUGAGAAAGCUUGUGUUGACCUGAAUGCUCGCUUAGCAACUGCAGAAGAACUGAAAAGGGCUGUUCAGGACUGUUCCUUCACUGGCUGCACCACAGGAUGGCUUGCUGAUGGCUCCGCUGGGACAAUUAUAUGCAGAAAGACGGGCAGCAAACAGCAGAGCGUGAAAGCCAUUGAUGUUAAAAUUGAAACCGAUCCCUUUGUGAAUGACCAGUAUGAUGCUUUUUGUGUAAAGGAUGAAGACAAGCCAUGUGGGGACCCGCCGGCCUUCCCUCACACCAUCCUGCACGGCCAUACUGGCUUCGAAAUGGGGGAUGAGCUGCUGUAUGUUUGUGCUCAGGGGUACGUCAUGGGCAACAAGGAGGCGGCAUUCACGCUGCUCUGCGACACUUGCGGGGAGUGGUAUGGGCAGGUUCAGGCCUGUGUCAAAGAUGAAACUGAGGCACACAUUGACUAUGAAGAUAAUUUUCCUGAUGACAGAUCAAUACCAAUUGUUGAGAAUGAACAUGCCAAUGGCAAAGAGGAAAUUGAGCAGGAACAAGAACAGCCUUCCUUCAGUAAGAAGCCAGAGGAAAGAAGAACUGUAAGUACCAGAGGGGUUACUCAUGACACAGAUACUUCUGAAAAAGGAAGCAGGGUACCAACUGAAUCCCCUGUUUCACUCCUAAGCCAAAAAAAUUUGUUUUGGUUUCCAUCAGAGGCUUUCAGUGAGCCUGAAUCAGAGAAAGAGAUAGAUGAUUCUACUAAAGUACAGUUUUCUGAGGGUGAUAACCAUAUUGGAGUGAAGACAGUCUAUGAUGAACCUGGUACCAAAAUGUUUUAUGACAGUGAGGACUUCCCCAUUGGACCCAUUCUCACAACUAAUGAUACAAAGGCAGAGAUAGAUAGAGUUGCCAUUACUGAUGAGUCUUGGUUAGAUGGCUAUCCUGUAACACAACAAGUGGUAGAGGAUGAUGAAGAGGAGGGGGAUAAAGUUGAUGGAUCGAUGGGAACAGAAGAAGACAUUGUCCUCACAACUGACCAACCAAAUCAUGUUGAAGUUAGAAAAUUGGACAAUGGUAGCCCAGUUCCAGAGAAAGGUUUAACACAAAUUGUGGCAGCAACAACGAGGAUAGAUGAUGAAGGGGCCAAAGAGACACCGGUACCACCUACAUCAGUGGGCGGUCUGGAGGACUUAAGUGUGAGCAGAGGUUAUGAUGAUGCCGCAUGGGACCACCCAACUACAUCUCUGGAAACUGUGACUCAGGAGCCCAGUACAACGAUGCUGUUGGACAUAAGCAGCCUAAAAACAUCCAUGUCAGAAACCUCUAUGAUAGUCAGCCCGUUUGAUCACACUACCUAUGAAGAAGCAAAAGGAACAACAGCCUACCCAAUGCAAGUAGCAACCACGGCACCAGCUCCAAAUAUCAUUACUGACACAUCACCCCAGGAAUUAGCUGAGCAAGAAAAUCUCACACAGGGCCUUGGAGAAAACCCUGUCCCCACUUCUGAACCUUGUGAGGGAGAGGAUUGCCCCAAGUCAAGUAAAGGUCCUAUCAUAGUGGUAAUUGUGAUUCUUCUGUGCUUAUUACUGGUUGCAGCUGUACUGGCUGUAUGUUUUUUCAAAAAACAGCAGCAGAAAAAUUCUGUCUAUAAACUAAAUGGAAGGUGUCAACCCAGGCAUCACUGCUACCACCACUACCACCACCAACACAUUGAAAUGCAGAAAGUCUAACCAGGGGUCUUUGGGGAGAGAUGCUUGAUAUCAGAAGAAAAACAUAUUGAUACUAGAAGGAUCACAUGACUCUUGGAUACUAAAAUUCAGCAGUGCAGAAAGCAGAAAAAGAAAGCUAAAAGAACAUAGAAGAUAGAAAAGAUUUCAUCUGAUUGAAAUCGCAGUUUAGCAUAUCUGACCUGUCAGAGCUAAAUAAUCUGUAUGUUUUUAUCACAAGAGUCUUUGGGAGACAGCAGGGCACAGUUUGCUUGCUAGUGCAUCUACAAUUAGUUCCUCUUUUACAUUUUGCUCCUAUUAAUUGAUUAAUUUUUGUGUUACCUGGUUAUAAUCUAAUGGCAGGGCUGGUCAUGCCUUCUUGGACUAUUCUCAGUGGAACGGGGAAAGAAGGAGGAAAGGAGGGGAGAAGGAUGUUUUUGGAGCAACCACACACUUGCUGUUUGUUCCUUUUUGAGAACCUGACCAAGUUUGUCAGGAUAAACCACUGUAACGAAUUAUUGCUUGACAUGUCUUUAAAAGAAGAACUAUUUGCUACCAUACUUUAAUGGAUAGUAUUGCAAUGAUUACUAAGGUACUUUUCUUCAGUGUAAUGAAUUUAACAAGCCAAAAGUGUUGGAUCGUUAUGAUAUUUUUAUGAAAGGUGUUCUUUUAGCCUUAGUGAAGAAGUGCCAUUCUUAUACUAACUUUUUAUAGAAAUGAUGAUGCCUCCCUGGAAUUCAGAGAAUACUGCAAAGGCCAUACUUCCUUUAAUGUCAGCAGGAGAGGAGUCAGAGCACUUUUGAUUUCAGGUGUUAUGAUGAAUAGCCUCAUAUUACAGAGCAGACAGUGAUGAAGUACUUUGCAGGGGAACCUAACCUGAAGCCAUUCGCUUUUCUGAACGAUAGCUACUGACCAAGAUUUUGAGUUUUAAUUCACAGCCAGUAGUACCUCUGGCAACUGAAGCUACAUGUAAUAUUUCUGCCAUAUGAGUUCUGUGGAAUG